GAGGUGAUGACAAUAAUGAAGAAAGUAAUAAAGGUGAUGACAAAGCUAAUAUAAAAGGUGAUAAUGAAAGCAGUAAAAAGGGUAAUGAUGAAGCUGACAAAGAAGAAAACAAAGAAGAUAAUGAUAAAGCUGACAAUAAAGAUGACAAGGAAGAUGAUGAAAGUCGUAAUAAAGGUAAUAAAGAAGGCAACAAGAAAGACAAUGAUGAAGAUGGUAAUAAAGGCAAUAAAGACAAAGAAGAAAGUGACAAAAAAGAUGACAAAGGUGACAAAGGUGACGAAAACAUUGUGACAAAAACUUCUAAAAGGGUUAAUCAGCUUGCAAUACCUACUUUCCUUCAAGAAAUAUCCCUGGAUAUUAUAAAUUACUAUGUCAUUUUAGCAUCUAUUACAAAGGAUAUUCAUUUUGACAAAAUUGAAAUUAAUCCAACAAAAGAAAUUGCAAUACUUAAAAACAAUCAAGUCAAAAUUGUAUUGGAGCCAAUCAACCCUCUCGAAAUUAGGAAGACAAUUAAUGGCAGAUUAGCUUUGGAAUAUAAAAAUCUUAUAUUAUCAAAUUCAGAUGAUAAUUUAAGUUUGCAAGACCAAAUAAUGCUUUUAAAAUGUUUGCCAGAAGUAUUACAAGAUCUUAGAGUCAAUAAUUUAUCAAAAAAUGAAUCAUCAGAUAAAAAAAUAAUUAUUUUUACAACAUUAAUAAGCACUUGCUAUCAGUCUAUUUUUGAUUGUAAUAUUACAACUUAUAAUAUUGAAGUUUCUCACAGAAUAUUACUUCGAUUCUUAACCAAGUGUGCAACUCAAGUAAGGGCUUUAGUUACUGGGAAAGAAUCACUAUAUAACAUGUUUAAUAUUAAUCAAUCAAACAAUUCUUUUAAUAUUAAAUAUAUUAUUGAUGGUGAUUCUUUCAUUGUAAGAAAAAGAAAAAAAAAUCAAGAUUUAGAAAGUUUUUCAGAUUUAAAUAUUAAUAUUCCUGGCUUUGUAGAAAAUAUUUUAUCAAGAAAGCUUACAACUUUUAUUACUGCAGGGCCUCGCUUGCAUCAAUUACUUAAAGCACUUAAUAAUAAUUAG